AUGGUGGCUGGAGUUGAACUACAACAAAAGCUGCUGCCUCGGCUGCGGACGCUAACAGGAGAGGCUCCGCCGGCCAGCACACUCACACCGGAUGUUGAGAAGAAGCCGAGCCCGUUAAAAUCCUCGUCUGACGAGACUGACGAGGAUCGCUUGGAGGAUAUGGCCUCCGAGGCGAGCAGGCUUCGAGAGCAGAUCUUGAUUGCCAAGAAGGAGAGAGACCAUGCCAGGAGGAGGAGACAAAAGACAGAACAAGAGUCAGUAAGCUUUCACGCCAGCACCGCGAAGCAGAUCGCCAAGUAUCGCUGUCAGUUGCAAGCCAUGCGCAGCAAUCUUACAGCAGAGAAAGAAGAGGUCAAUAUUCUCCGACAGAAUUGUCGCAACGAGGAUCGAAAGAAACAGAGCGAGCAGGCGCUGGCCAGGAAGCUGAAGGAAGAGGGGGAGCUGCGCAAGGCGCAGAAGGCAGAUCUCGUGGUUGACGUGCAGACCGAGUCGGACAGGGUGGCGGCUCUCCGGGCAGAAGUGAAGACCUACGAGCAGCGCUUGAAGGAAGCGGUGGAGAGAAAGGUCUUGGCGGAGGCGGAGGUCAUGGCGGCCAAGAUUUCGCAAGCGGCGCAGGAGGGGGAGGACGAGACGAGGAACUUCACGAUGAACAGUGAGAGCGACGAUGAGCAGGAGGAUGACAACGAGGAGGAGGCAGCCAGAGUGAUGAGCGAGCUGGAGCUGUCAUACGAAGGCCUGGAGUUGUCAUCGAUCAUGCCUAUCCCUUCAGCUGUGCGGUUGGCCACAGGCGACAUCUCACACCAAGAGACGAUGUCAAAAGCCGAUAUCCCCGAAACGAGCCUCCUGGAGAAAAACGGCGUCGAGUCUAGCCAAUGGACGCGACCGUCGCCAAGUGGAAACAAGGAAUGGACAGAAGAGGAGCUUGAAGCCGAGUACGGCGAGCAUCUCAGGAACCUUGAAAAAGUUCUGCUUGAACUUCGCCAGGAGCAGGCGGAGCAAGCGGAAGAACGGCGCUGCCAGUCGCGGCUUGCUGCCCUCAAGAAGAAGAAGAGGGAGGAGGCUGCAGCGAAGACCGAGGCCCCCACGCCAAAGGUGUCUGUGGUAUCCGGCUUCAGCCGAGCAUUCAAUGGCUCCGGAAAGCCCAUCGACAAGGGGCCUUCCGUCUUGGCAGAGGAUUUUCUGGACAUCAACGGGGCGCCUCUGAAUCCCAAGUCCCGCGUCUACCCGAAGGAGAUGAUCCAGACUGGAAUCAGUGCCAUCGACACCAUGAACUCUGUGGUGCGUGGGCAGAAGCUGCCACUUUUCUCUGUCCGGAGCCACAGUCUUGAGUGGUAG